CUCCACCCGACCUUUCCACUGCACUCGUCGCUCCCCAGGUCACACUGAGCCCAAGCCUGACACAUCUCCGCCUCUGAUUGGCCCGACGCCGGCCCUCACCUGUCACCGAGAGGCUCACCUUGGCUUUUUUUUUGAUGCCAGCAUAUUAAGCACAUUGUGCCCCAUCCCCAUUUCCUGCCACAAGAGAAAGUUUGACUUUUACUCUGCGGACUCUGCGGACCCCGACCAUUUCGGCAUUCGACUUUUUUUUUUUGAGGCUAUUCUCAAGUGCAGUCUCAGUGCCAUGAUUCGCAUCGAAUAACCCAGUAUACUGUCCUCGUUGAUAUGAAACAAGAAUGGCGUCUCGGUGAGUAUUAUCCACUGCUCUUCUCUCAUCUCAUCUCAAACCUGCUCAGUCUUACUAACACUCAUGACAGGCUUGACCGGCUCGUUACGAUCCUCGAAACAGGCAGCACCCGAUUGAUCAGGGAUACUGCUGUCAACCAGCUUGCCGACUGGCAAAAACACCACCCUGACGAAUUAUUCAACCUUCUCUCCCGAGUCGUCCCUUACCUGCGCCACAAGGACUGGGAGACCCGGAGUACUGCUGCCAAAGCCCUUGGCAGAAUCCUUGAACAUGCACCACUAUAUGAACCGAAUGCCGCCGAUGAAGGCAUUCCAACAGAAUCCGCUGCCGAAAAUGGCUUUGUCAAGAAGGAGGAGGCCAAGGACUCUGUCCUUGAUCAGGAGGAGUUCUACACUCUCGAGGCACUUGACAUGUCCAAGAUUGUAAAGUAUGGCCGGCCUUUGCUGAGAGGUGGCCCCGUCGACUAUGCCCUUGCGGCAUUGGAUCCACAAAAACGGCUGGCCCAUCUCAAGAAGACACUUACUGGCAGACUUGGUCUUCUUGGCCGAGUCGUCGAAGACGAAGAGAUGGCCGUCGCCAGCGACCAUGUCGGCAGCCCUGCGACACCUCAGGGAGCUGGCAGCACCAACGGCUCCGGGCAGCAGGACGCUAUGGCGACUGAUAGCCAGAGCCAGAACCCCGAAGAGGGUAAACUCAGCUCACGCCAACUCAACGUUCUCAAGAGGAAGCGAAAAAGAGAGGCCCAGAAGGCUGCGCAGGGCAAGGCCGGCUUUGGAGACCUUUCUAUCCGCCGCACGACAACCGCAGGUUCCGAUGGUUUCGGCGACGAUGUGUCUAUGACUGACGCCGACUCCAAAAAGAACGGUAAAAUGUCCCAGUAUUUCAGCCUGGAUCGACCGGCCGACGUGGACGAGGACAGCAAGGUCGUUUCGGAGUUCAAAGGUCCUUUGUUGCCCAUCAAGUCGGAGCUCGAAGUCGAUGAUGCCAUGGAAGGGAGCGAGUGGCCCUUUGAGCGACUUUGCGACUUUCUCAAAGUUGACUUGUUUGACCCGCAGUGGGAGACUCGUCAUGGAGCUGCGAUGGGGUUAAGGGAGUUGGUGAGAGUACAUGGUGCUGGCGCAGGGAGGCGCAGAGGUCUGUCGAUCAAAGACAACACCAGGCUGAAUGGACAGUGGCUGGACGACCUCGCAUGCAGGCUCUGCUGCGUACUCAUGCUCGACAAAUUUACUGACUACAGUUCCGACACAUCCGUGGCUCCGAUUCGAGAAACUGUGGGUCAAACUCUCGGUUCCGUCCUUCGCCAUGUCAGCUCGCAGUCUGUGUACGCCAUAUACCGACUACUCUACCGAAUGGUGAUGCAGGAGGGGCUGCAGCAGUCGGAGCAGAAUCUUCUCUGGGCCAUCUGCCAUGGUGGCAUGGUCGGCCUGAGAUAUGUUGUUGCUGUUCGCAAGGACCUCUUGCUUCAAGAUGGGGACAUGAUUGACGGCGUCAUCCGCUCUGUCAUGAAGGGCCUCGGCGACAUGGAUGACGAUGUUCGUUCGGCCAGCGCGGCGACAUUGAUUCCCAUGGCCAAGGAGUUCGUGGUCAUGCGCCCACAGGCACUGGACAGCCUCAUCGACAUAGUCUGGGAGAGUCUCUCCAACCUGGGCGAUGAUCUCAGCGCGUCUACCGGCAAGAUUAUGGAUCUGCUUGCUACUCUUUGCAGCUUCCCAGAAGUCCUGGAAGCGAUGAAGCUCUCGGCAUCGCAGGAUGAAGAGAGAUCUUUCACCACUCUUGUUCCUAGACUCUACCCCUUCCUCCGCCACACCAUCACCUCUGUGCGCCUCGCUGUGCUCAAGGCGCUGAUGACCUUUGUGGACUUGGGCAAGGAGACUUCUCAAGGCUGGCUCACCGGCAGGAUCCUACGUCUCAUUUUCCAGAAUAUUCUUGUUGAAAGGGAUGCAGAGACUCUUCGCAUGUCGCUUGAGUUGUGGAAUGCACUCGUCCGCAACCUCGGACAGAAUCCUGCCGUCCUCGCCGACGAGUUUGCAGCUCAUGUGGACGCACUCAUGCUCCUCACGAUGCACCCCAUUGGUGUUCCACGACACCCCCUUCCCAUGAACGCGACACUUUUCCUCAAGCCAUCUGGCGGGACGUAUUCCAUGAGCGGUAUCCCCGCUCCCAGUACCAGAAGGUCGUCGCCCCCCGAGGGUGCAGAAAGGGCCCCGAAGCGUCGUAGGAAGUCGACCAAGGUGGACGAUGCUCCUCCCACCACACAGACUCACGAUGUUGACGGCCACAUGAUGCAAGGCGAUGUUGAUCUAGUCGGCAUGGACGUGCUGGUCCGAUCCCGCGUCUCUGCGGCCAAGGCGAUGGGACUGCUCAUGUCAAUGCUGCCUCCCUCUAGUCUGGGCUCGUAUGAUGCUGCCAUCACGCAGAGCCUGUUAUCUCCAUUUGCUUCAACGCAGCUUGCUGCUGCCAUGGUCGUUCAUGAGUACGCGUCGAAUUGUGCCAACAAAGAGAUGGCUGCUCGCUUCGUCGAGCCGUUACAGAAGAUCAUCGACCAGGAGCGCCCGGCACAUUACCGCGAUCUAGUCAGCUAUGUGCAUCGCGUGCGAUCGCAAACACAACAACUCCUCAAUCUCUUCCGCGACCACGGAAAAGUGCACAGCAACAAGCUGCCCAGCCUCGCCGUCGUCGUGCAGGGCGACCCCGAGGCCGGGCCUGGCGCUUUCUCUAUUGCCAAUGCUGACAAGGUUGUCACUGAUGAUUUCGAAAGACUCAAGAAAGCAAUGGCGCCUGGCCAGAGGCUCAUCGCCCUCCCUCAGCUUCUCGAGUCUCGCGAUGUCACAGUUGCUGCGAUCCAGGAAGCGAAAUCUGCCAAGGAGGCCCGCGAUGCACGCAUCAAGGCCGCUGCCGCUUGUGCUCUUGUCGCCAUCCGUGUUCUUCCGAAGAAGCCGAGUCCGCUGAUCAAGGCAAUUAUGGACAGCAUCAAGACGGAGGAAAACCAAGAACUUCAAGGGAGGUCAGCAGCCACCAUUGCGCAACUGGUGCAGCUUUUCACCGAAUCUGGAAGGAGAGGACCGGCAGACAAGGUGGUUGCAAAUCUGGUCAAGUUCUCCUGUGUCGAAGUCGCCGAGACGCCCGAGUUUCCCAUCCAUGCGCACAAGACAAAUGUCAUUCUGUCGAUGCAGAAGGAAGAAGACCGCGUCGACCAUGUCGAUGCCGCAAAGUUUGCACGGGAGGCCAAGGCAGCUCGCAUCACUCGUCGCGGCGCUAAGGAAGCGCUGGAGUUGCUUUCCCAUAGCUUUGGUCCUGAUCUCCUAGCCCGCGUUCCGAGCCUGCAGACGUUUAUGGAAGAGCCCUUGGUGAGAGCCUUCACCGGCUCCCUCCCGGCAGAGGCAAGAGAUCCAGAGAGCACCUUUGGCCAAGAGAUCGUCGAUGCCAUGUCUGUCAUCCGGACCAUGGUGCCAACACUACACCCGAGCCUUCAUCCUUUUGUUAUGCAGCAGGUGCCUCUGGUCAUCAAGGCGCUGCACUCAGACUUAUCCGUAUUCAGGUACAUGGCCGCCAAAUGCAUGGCGACCAUCUGCAGUGUCAUCACUAUCGAAGGCAUGACGACUCUGGUAGAGAAGGUUUUGCCAUCUAUCAACAACCCACUAGACCUCAACUUCCGACAGGGUGCUAUCGAAGUCAUCUAUCACUUGAUCGCUGUCAUGGGCGACAGGAUCCUGCCGUAUGUCAUUUUCCUCAUCGUGCCUGUGCUGGGCCGCAUGAGCGAUUCAGACAACGAGAUCAGACUGAUCGCCACCACAUCCUUUGCCACGCUGGUCAAGUUGGUGCCGCUUGAGGCGGGUAUCCCCGACCCUCCCGGACUCUCAGAGGAGCUGCUCAAGGGCCGUGACAGAGAGCGGACUUUCAUCGGUCAGCUACUUGACCCGAAGAAGGUGGAACCUUUUCGGAUUCCCGUUGCCAUCAAGGCGGAGCUGCGGUCGUACCAGCAGGAGGGUGUCAACUGGCUGCACUUCCUCAACAAGUAUCACCUUCACGGCAUUCUCUGCGAUGACAUGGGUCUUGGUAAAACGCUGCAAACUAUCUGCAUCGUAGCCAGCGAUCACCACAACCGUGCUGAGGAGUAUGCCAAGACGGGUUCCCCUGAUGUCCGGAGGCUUCCGUCUUUGAUUGUCUGCCCGCCUACGCUAUCGGGGCAUUGGCAGCAAGAGAUCAAGGCUUACGCCCCGUUCCUCAGCGUCACGGCCUAUGUUGGACCCCCCGCGGAACGCAAGGCCAUGAAAGACACUCUGGACGAGACGGACAUUGUCAUCACCUCAUACGAUGUUUGCCGCAAUGAUAUCGAAAUUAUUGAAAAGUACAACUGGAACUAUGUGGUGCUUGAUGAAGGUCAUCUCAUCAAGAACCCCAAGUCCAAGCUUUCGAUGGCUGUCAAGCGGCUCGCCAGCAACCACCGGCUCAUCUUGACCGGCACACCCAUUCAGAACAACGUGCUGGAGCUGUGGUCCUUGUUUGACUUCCUCAUGCCCGGCUUCCUCGGUGCCGAAAAGGUGUUCCAGGACCGGUUUGCAAAGCCUAUUGCAAACAGUCGCAACAGCAAGGCCUCGUCCAAGGAGCAAGAAGCCGGUGCAUUGGCCAUCGAAGCUCUUCACAAGCAAGUCCUUCCCUUCCUGCUGCGUCGUCUCAAGGAGGAGGUGCUCAACGACCUGCCACCCAAGAUUCUGCAAAACUACUACUGCGACCUCAGCGACCUCCAGCUCAAACUGUUUGAGGACUUUACCAAGAAGGAAGCCAAGACGAUUACGGAGGAGGCUGGGCGGGAUGACAAGGAGGCCAAACAGCACAUCUUCCAGGCGUUGCAAUACAUGCGCAAGCUCUGCAACUCGCCGGCCCUUGUCAUGAAACCAGGCCACAGGGCCUAUGACGACACGCAGAAGUUCCUGGCCAGGCAGGGUACAAGCCUGGAGGAUCCGGCGCACGCACCAAAACUGACAGCGCUCCGAGAUCUUUUGGUGGAGUGUGGGAUUGGUGUCGAAGGGCAGGAGUCGAGCGACCCGCUGUACACGCCGAUCAAGCCUCACCGUGCUCUGAUUUUCUGUCAGAUGAAAGAAAUGCUGGACAUGGUGCAGAACACGGUGCUCAAGGGCAUGCUUCCCUCGACACAAUAUCUCCGACUGGACGGUUCAGUCGAAGCGAACCGUCGCCAAGACAUUGUCAACAAGUUCAACAGCGACCCCUCUUAUGACGUACUACUUCUCACCACCAGCGUCGGUGGUCUGGGGUUGAACCUGACGGGUGCCGACACGGUCAUUUUCGUCGAGCACGACUGGAAUCCUCAAAAGGAUCUCCAGGCCAUGGAUCGCGCCCAUCGUAUCGGUCAGAAGAAGGUGGUCAACGUGUACCGGCUCAUCACUCGCGGCACUCUGGAAGAGAAGAUCCUCAGCCUGCAGCGCUUCAAGAUCGACGUGGCCAGCACCGUGGUUAAUCAACAAAACGCAGGGCUCGCAACCAUGGACACGGAUCAGAUUUUGGACCUGUUCAAUCUGGGCGACUCUGGCCCCAGUCUGAUAACGGACAAACCUAAAGAAACGCUGGAAGGCAGGGAGGAAGACAUGGUGGAUGUGGAGACUGGCGAGGUACGGCAGCCGGGCAAGAGGGCAGCAUGGUUGGAUGGGCUGGGCGAGCUGUGGGACAACAGCCAGUACGAGGAGAGUUUCGAUUUAGAUGGGUUCCUGAAGACGAUGCAGUAA